AUGCCCUUGGUCCGCCGCUCGUCUGUCCUAGCUCUGGUCCUUGGAAUAUUCAUCUUCGCAUUGCUCUUCCACAACACCCGCAACAACAACUCUUUCUUUUGGGAGCAACCAUACCUUGCUAGCCAGGAUGGACCACUGUACAACCCGUCCCUCUUUUUCCCCGGCACCCCCAAACCGGCCGGCGAGAAUUACACCCGCGUGUUGGUCAUGGCACGCCUCUCGACCGAAGACACGUCGUGGCUGGACCGAGACCUGCCCGACCUGCCCAAGAAGAUAUAUACGGUCGACGCGCCCGACUUUGCCCCCAAAGGCGACGAGGCGAUGGCGUACUUGACCUAUAUCAUCGACCACUACGACUCCCUGCCGGACAUCGUGUUGUUUUUCCACCACUCAUCCAAGACAGACGGGCGCACCAACAACGUCGCCUUGGACAACGACACCGCCAUCACGAUCAAACUCCUCUCCGACGCCCACGUCAUGCGCCAGGGCUACUUCAACACGCGCUGCCACUGGGACCCGGGGUGUCCGGACUGGCUGCACGUCGACCGGCCCCGACGGCAGUAUGAUCUGUUGCGCAAGCCGCAAGAACCGGCGCUGACGUCGUCGCUGUUCCACGACCUGUUUGGAGCCGGCGUGUCCAUCCCGCGCUCCAUCUCCCAGCCGUGUGGCGCCCAGUUCGCCGUCUCGGGCCAGCGCAUCCGCCAGCGCCCCUUGCACGACUACAUGCACUACCGCAACUGGCUGCUCCGGACCUCCUCCGCCUCCCUCAGUACACCCCUGCGGAACGACAACGACACCUUAGCUUCCGGCAGCGGCAGCAGCAGCAUCCUAGAGUACGCGUGGCAGUACGUGUUCGCGGGGGUAUUUGAAUUCUGCCCGCCCACGCACCGCUGCUAUUGCGACGGGUACGGGCUGUGCUUCGAGGGCGGCGCGCGGGGGCUGCGCGCGUGGCUGGACGCUCGCACCGAGAAGGCCGGGCUGGACGAGCACCUGCGCGCACUGUGGGCCGCCGGGGACCGGGGCGGCAGCGACGCCUUCCGGCGGCUCAAGAACCGCAGCGGCGAGCUGGGUCGGGAGCUGGACCGGGCCCGCGAGCGCGCGCUCCGGCGCGGGUUCGAUCCACAGACCCGCGCGGCGGCGUGUGGCAGGGAGUGGCGGGAGGGUGAUGGCUUCUAA